GACUGCGUCACUGUUAUAAAGCCCGCCCUCGGUAAACUUAAUAUCGAUUAGAUACUAGCUGCCUGCUCUCAGCGGCUUUGAUGGCAGCUUUAAUGGAAAUGAUCAAUGGUGAUCGUUUGUAAUGAGGGCAUGUCUGGUCUGAAACGUUCACUGAGACUGGGACUGAGAUACUUUUCAAGCCUUCCGAUAUAUGUACCGUUAAGAAUCAACAAAGAGAUAUAAUGGUGCCAUUUAGAUUUCAAUGGCGCGUUGGUUCCAUGCUUACAAUGUCUAUCUUUUUAGUAAUAUGUUCUUUUAUAUUUUGGGGAAUACAUCUAGAUCGAAACAAUAGUACUAAAUUUCAACUUACUGGAGGAACAACCUUAAAUAACCUGCCAAGAAUUACGCUGGCAGCACAGCAAAAUAAAGCUCAGAACUUGAUGAAGGAAACAGUGGUUUUAACUUCAACUAAUUCUGGAUUUUCAGAUAUGGCAACGAAUUGGCUUGAAUCCAUCAAGAAACUUGGAAUACGCCCUAACAUCAUACUAGUUACUGAAGACGAAGAAGCAUAUGAAAAACUGAAAUCAUAUAAAGAUUCCACAACGUGUAUUCGCAAAGGCAGUUUACUUCAAUCAACGAACAAGUCAAAAUUGGUCUAUGAUACUCCUGAAUAUAGAAAGCUUGUGUACAGACGUCCAAAGUAUAUUUACGAUGAACUCCGUAAGGGCAAAAAUGUAUUUUUCUGUGACGUGGACACAUUUUGGUUGAAGGAUCCUUUCCCAUAUCUCGUCGGAGAUUAUGACGUCAUUCUGCAAAGAGAUGUUUAUUUUAGACCAAGUUAUGUACCUAUCAGAUACUGUGCCGGCAUGGUUUACUUUCGCUCUUCAACAUCCGUAAUCAAAUUUGUCAACAAAUGGUCACAAAUGACACUUAAAGAAAAAUUAGAUAGUAAAAAUAAUGAUCAGACGAUUAUGAAUAAACUACUAAAGGAAGCUACAUUAAAACGAAAAAUUCUAACCUCACAUGAAUUUCCAAAUGGACAAAUUUAUUUCAAUGGCACGUUGUCUGCUGCAGAUCGCCAAAAAGCGGUGGUUGUUCACAAUAAUUGGGUGACAGGACACAAUACCAAAGUUAAUCGCUUUCGAAACGCAGGAUUGUGGCUUAUUGACGCUUUUCAGAAGUGAAAAUGUAAUUAUUAUUAUUAUUAUUAUUAUUAUACUCAAACAUUUAUAAGGCGCCAAUUCCAAGAAUGAUCAAAGGCGCGAGCGUUAUUAACCCUGGUCACUGGAUAACGUACAAUGGAAAACCAGCACAAAGUGCAACUUCCUCUGCUCCCUGGGAGUAUCCCUAGUCGUUCGCUACUUCUUUAGCGCACGAAACUAUCAACAUUCAAUGCCACAACAUCCUACCAGGUACCCAUUUAUACUCCUGGGUAGAGAGAGGCAAACGUAGAUAAAGUGCCUUGCCCAAGGACACAAGCAACUUGCACAGCGAGGGUUUCGAACCCCUAUUAUUGUUAUCAAGAGUGACACCCACAAGUUCAAGAACCACAUACAUAAUAGUACAAUAAUAUUGGUCAGUAAUUUCCCAGGAACCAGUGGCAUAACAACCAUGCAUGUCACCUUUGUGUAAAUUAUUUUUUUUAUUGUUGUCUUACUCGAGUUGGGGAAGUCCCCGAGGAGAGGACGAAAUAUUCGUGCCUAAUAAGAUAUUAUGUUCCUAUAGUACUACAACUGUGAUUGUUUCAAUGUCUAUAUUUACAUAUAUUAGUAAUGCCUACUUUACAUAUGAAUAUUAAGAUGCAUCUUACUGUGUUUCGAAAUAAACAAGAUACGUAAUGUUACAAUUUGUAAUUAUUACUCAA